UUGAUAGACUUUCUUCUCAGGUUCAGAACCAGCACCUGCCAUCCAAGAGCUGUUGUCAAGGCCCUUCAGCACUGAUCUAUGUGCUGGAGUCCACAUGCCAGAUAGUUGUUUCUAAGAGGAGCAAGCUGCACUACCAUGUUGCUGUUGUCAUCAACUACCUUGGACACUGCAUUUCUCUGGGGGCCUUGUUAGCGGCUUUUGUCCUCUUCAUGCGACUGAGGAGUAUUCGGUGCUUACGAAAUAUCAUCCAUUGGAAUUUGAUCACUGCCUUCAUUCUGCGAAAUGCCACAUGGUUUGUGGUUCAGCUUACCAUGAAUCCAGAAGUACAUGAAAGCAAUGUGGCCUGGUGUCGCCUUGUCACAGCUGCCUACAAUUAUUUCCAUGUCACCAAUUUCUUCUGGAUGUUUGGAGAGGGCUGUUACCUUCAUACUGCAAUCGUCCUUACCUAUUCUACUGACAAGCUGCGGAAGUGGAUGUUCAUCUGCAUUGGCUGGUGCAUUCCUUUCCCCAUCAUCAUUGCUUGGGCCAUUGGCAAACUCUACUAUGACAAUGAGAAGUGCUGGUUUGGAAAGCGUGCAGGAAUUUACACAGACUACAUCUACCAAGGUCCUAUGAUACUGGUACUAUUGAUCAACUUUAUAUUUUUAUUCAAUAUUGUCAGAAUCCUCAUGACAAAGCUUCGGGCCUCCACCACUUCAGAGACCAUUCAAUACAGGAAAGCUGUGAAGGCCACACUUGUGCUCCUGCCUUUACUGGGCAUUACUUACAUGCUUUUCUUCGUCAACCCGGGAGAAGAUGAAAUAUCGCGGAUUGUCUUCAUUUACUUCAAUUCUCUCUUGGAAUCCUUCCAGGGCUUUUUCGUCUCUGUCUUCUACUGCUUCCUGAACAGUGAGGUCCGCUCUGCAGUACGGAAGAGAUGGCACCGAUGGCAGGACAAACACUCCAUCCGUGCCCGAGUGGCAAGGGCCAUGUCCAUCCCUACGUCUCCCACCCGUGUCAGUUUCCAUAGCAUUAAACAGUCCACAGCUCUAUGAGGCUGCUCCAGAUCAUGAAGUGGAAGUUUUGCUACACUCCUGCUGAAGGGGCAUGGCUUGGCAACUUCAAGGGCAAAGCUUUUGUUCCUCUGGAGUUUCAGCUGAGAAAAGGCCUCAUUGCUCCCCAUUUGGCUGGCCUCUUAUGAGACUGUUUGGACCGGAAGGAAAGCUUUCUGUGUGGCCAGGAUUGCAAAUCUUGGCAAGAUCCAGUGGUUUGGAAAUUGAUCUAAGAGCAAUGCCGACAAAAUGUUAGAAAAUGUGACUUCACUUCACUUCCUACCAUGUCAUCUAGAGUUCUUUUUGGUCUAAUUGCUUACAGAUCUCAGAAAGUAUUAUCAAUUCACAAACAUGGCAGGGGAAAAAAAGAGGGAUAGAUGAUUGGCUCUGAAACGUACAAAGCCCUGUCCAUGUCAGGUCUUCAUGGUUCCCUGUCCCACAGACACUGUUAAACAAUAAUCACUGAAUGAAACAAAACCAAAGGAAGUGCUUUUUUUUCUUAUAGCAGCAAGAUUAACCCUGGGAACCUGUUGGUGCAAGAAACUGAGUUGGCCAUUACUUUCAAAAGGAUGUGAUGGAUUUAUGAGGGAUAGGUUUGGCUAAUAUUUGACAAAAGCCAAAAGCACAAACGCUUCCAUAUUCAGGACAAUGACUACCUGAUACUGAGGAUUGAAAAGAUUUGCUGCACAUCAUUAUCAUAUCUGCUGGUGAACUUUCUUAGGACGUCUUUAGCUACUGUGUGAUAAUCAGGAUGCUGAACAGGAGCUGGCAAUACUGUUCCAUGUGUUCUUCCUCGUGCAUUUCAGCAGCAGACGCUGCCAACAUAUGAACUGAAUGAAGACUGAUAGACUCUG